AUGGGCGGUCGAUGGGCGGUCGGCCGCCGUCGACCGCCCGUCGUAUUUAAUUUUCGACCUGCGACCGCGACCGCCAGUUAAGAAUAAAAUUCCCAAACGGCCCGUACACACGUAGCGUUUUGAACGCGACGGUUCCGCAUUUAUGUUUCUGUCUAUCAUUAACACGUGUAUUGAUACGCCACUUAUUAUAUUGGCAAGAAAUUUUAGUAUUUACAAGUACCUGCGAACAAACUAUUUUAUAAACUCUCGAGGGUUUACUCGCAGUGCCGCACAAUUUACAAUAAAUUUCCCUACUUGAAGCCUUUUUUUAUGUUGGGUGUACCCAACAUAAUGUUUUUUAUUAUUCUAAUUAGUGUCGUUCAUACAAUGCAUAUGUCACAGCUAUAGCGUCAACAUCAUCUAAAAACCCGACCAUUUUAAAUACCUAAUGUACACUAUAAUAUUAAUGCAUAUGAUAUAUUAAACUAUACAGUGACGUAUUUAUGAGAGGGGGGAUAUGGGGGAUAGAUCGCCUCCUUUUCGUCUUGUCCUUCAGAAUAUUUUUCUCUAUUAAUUCCAUGAUAUAAGGGCUUUUACUCUUAUAUCAAAACUAAACGAGUUCUGUGUAGUCUGCGUAAAUAUGUUUUUAUUAUAUCUUGUAAUUAAAAUACCACCUAGACAACUAGAGUUUUAAGAAAAGUUGCUACACGUAAAAAUCGGAGCAAGUUUAUUAGGAAAAAACAUGUCCACAUACUAGAAGAAAGAAGAAAAAAAUUAAAGAUCUUAGUAAAACCAAAAACCUUUUCGCUACGCUCGGAAUCUAAAUAAAAAAUGUACCAGGCAAUUAAUUUAAGUGGGUACUCUUAUUAUCUCGGAAAGUAUUAACUUUGUUAAAUUUGUUUUCUAGAAUAUUUAAGAAACGAGCUGCUUCAUAAUUUUAUAUUUGUGUUAUUUUUUGUCACCCUUAUUUUAAAGGAUAAAACAAUUACCUACUUUUGAUUUUCAAAUGGUAACCUAUAAAAAAAAGUCCAUUAAUAGAUCGAAUAUUAGUUAACAUAAAUUUAAGUAUUAGAAUUAUUGAUUUAUGUCAAGCCGUUGACUAUUUAUAUCACUUUUAAUUUUAAGUUGAAGGAGAGUAGUGGUACAAUAUUAACACGCCGAGCGUUGUACCGCAACACUAAUGAUACUCCACUACUCUCCUCUAAAUCAUACUUAAAAGUUGAAUAUCUCGCAAACCGGACGACGGAAAUAAAAANAAAUAAUUCCUUUUCAAUUCCAGAACAUAUCCGCAUCCUUAUAGCUAAUAAACGUAGAGCUAGGGCCCUGUAUCAACGCUCUCGCCUUCCAUCACAUAAACAAAACUUUAUUAGUCUGGCUAACUCUUUUAAAAAAAUACUAGCUAAACACAAAAAUCAUAUUCAAGUCAAUUACCUUACUAAUUUGUCACCAAAUAAAAGUCUCUGGGAUGCUACUAAAAAGUCUCUAAAAAACGCAGCACCAAACACCCCGUUAAUUAAAUCAGAUGGCAGUCUCGCCUUCUCAGACACUGAUAAAGCUGAACUACUUAAAAAAUACUUAACUGAAACUUUCAGCCCUCAUACUGAGAUACAAACUCCUCAAAUUACCAAGUUAGUAAAACAGUACCUAGAUAGCCCCCUUUCUCUCUAUCUACUCCCUAAAUUGUUUACUCUAAAUGAUGUUAAAUAUGCUAUACAGAAAUAUAGCCUUAAGAAAUCUCCGGGCUAUGAUUUAAUCACUGCGGAAGUAGCCAGAUGCCUCCCAAAAAGAGCAAUUGUUCUCCUAACAGUCUUAUUUAAUGAUGCACUAAGAUUGACAUAUUUUCCUCUACUUUGGAAUUUUCAAUUAUCAUUCUAUUCCAUAAACCUAAAAAGCCUCCUGAUCUACCUUCUUCCUAUCGACUUAUAAGCCUCCUGCCCUUCUUCGCUAAAAUAUUCGAAAGACUAAUACUAAAAAGAAUCCUUCCUUGAAUCUACUCUAAUAAUGUACUUCCUAAUACUCAAUUUGGAUUUCGUGUCAAUCACUCUACAACACAUCAGCUGCAUAGACUAGUUGACGCCAUAUCCUUUUCACUUGAAAAAAAAAUACUGUUCUUGCGUGUUUCUCGAUGUGUCUCAAUCGUUUGAUCGUGUCUGGCACGAAGACCUUCUCUAUAAAUUAAAACUUUUUCUCCCACCUACAUACUACUUGCUGAUAAAAUCUUAUCUAACCGACCGACACUUCCAGGUCAGGUUUGGUUCUUUUGUUUCAAGCAUCGCAAACAUUAAUGCAGGAGUCCCACAGGGUGGCAUACUCUCGCCAAUUUUAUAUAAUAUAUAUGCCGCUGAUCAACCUACCUCUCUAAAUACAACUGUAGCCGAGUUUGCGGAUGAUAAGGCAAUUAUAGCGAUCCAUGAAGAUCCAAAUACUGCUUCCCUAAACCUUCAACAUCACCUCAAUUUAUUGUCUAAUUGGUACGAUAAUUGGAGAGUUAAAGUAAAUCAAUCCAAAUCACUGCACACUACCUUUACUCUUCGCCUUGCUCCCUGUCCCGAAGUUUCCUUAGCUGGCAUACCUAUACCUUCAUCUCAAUCUGUCAAGUAUUUAGGGCUAACCAUUGAUCGUCGCCUCACAUGGGCGCAACACGUAAGGGAAAAAGAACUCACCUUAAAUGCACGUAUUCGGUUGCUCAAAACGUUAUAA